AUGGACUUGCCCAAUCUGUCAACAUUCAAAACACAUAGCGGCGUUGCCAUGAUUCUGGUAGCCCUUGGAGCCUUUUGGUGGCUCGUGACAGCGUUAAUCGCAUGGAAUCGGCUCCGACACAUCCCAGGCCCAUGGUUCGCAAGAUUCAGCUACAUUUGGGUUGGCUGGACAGAAUGGAGCGGUCAACAACACCAAUCAUUUCUGGACAUUGACGAAAAGUACGGCUCAAUGGUGCGUAUUGGCCCAGAGCUUCUUGUCACUUCAGACAUGGAGGUUGUCAAGCGCAUGUCUGGAAGAAAAAGUACCUAUAGCAAAGGAACAUGGGUUGACGGUGUCCGGUUGAACCCGUACCACGAAACAAUGUUUAGUAUACGAGAUCCUCAUGAGCAUGAUCAAGUCAAAGCUCGUCUUGCGCCUGCAUAUAGUGGUCGCGACACGCCUCAGCUCGAAGAUGCCGUCGAUCAGCAAGUCAACAAUCUGGUUGCACUCAUCCGUAGUCGUUAUGCUUCCAACCCUGCUUGUGGCGAGUUCCGCGAAAUGUCUCUCAUCAACGUCUUGUCUUAUUUCACGCUGGAUGUCAUUUCCAAGGUCGCGUUGGGAACCGAGUUUGGGUGUUGUGCUUCAGACUCUGAUCCGUAUCACUUCUACGAUACGAUAGCUGAGCAUAUGCCAUUUAUGGCGGUGACAAGUGACGUGCCAUGGAUUCGAGCCGUGUUAUAUUCUCCUACCUUUUUGAAAUACUUCGGUCCCAAGGACACUGAUCCCAAUGGAAUUGGUCCUUUGAUGAAAGUUACCAACGACAACGUUCGAGCACACUACAGUCAAGAACAAAAUGAAAAGACAGAUAUUUUGAGCUCCUUCAAAGCCCAUGGACUUUCUGAAGGCGAUGCCCAAUCUGAAGCACUGUUUGUGUUUGUUGCAGGAUCCGACACUACCGCGGCAGCUCUUCGUGUCACUCUAUUCUAUAUCAUCUCGUCACCUCGCGUUUACCGAAAACUCAAAGAAGAGAUCCGAAAGGCGAUACACGAGGGUCGCGCCUCUAGCCCCAUUACCCUUGCUCAGGCACGAGAACUGCCUUACCUGCAAGCGGUUAUUUAUGAAGGUCUUCGUAUUCGACCCGUGACAACAGGACAGCAGGCCAAAGAAGUACCACCAGGUGGCGACACUAUCAACGGAUACUUUAUCCCUGAAGGCACAGCCAUUGCUACCAACUUCUCCGCCAUUAUGGGCUCAAAGGAGCUAUUUGGACCAGACGCUGAUCUCUUUAGACCCGAACGUUUUAUCGGUCUCCCAGGCCCUGAUCUUGCCGAGAUGCGCCGUAACGUUGAGAUGAACUUUGGCCACGGGCGCUGGAUGUGUGCUGGGAAGCCGAUAGCUUUGAUGGAACUGCACAAAGUCUAUUUCGAGUUGCUUCGGGCAUUUGACUUUCAGCUCACUGAACCACUUCAGCCUAUGACUUCCGAGAGUUAUGCUCUGUUCCGAGAUCAUGGACUUAAAGUUCGGGUGACGAUGGCCGAGGACAUGGAGUGA